AUCCAUGCUAAGAAAUGUUUCAACAACAUGACCCCCUCUCCUUUUAAAACCCCCACUUCUCCCUCCCCUCUCUCCUCAUAACAUUUCAAAGCUGGCUACCCUCUUCUUCCCCACCAUCACACCAACCAAACCUCACUCUCCCUGCCAUGGUCAUGGGAGCCUUUCGCCACUUCGAACCGGUUUCCAAAUGCAGCACCGAAAACCGGUUUAACCAAACCGUGGCCUCGGACUUGGACGGCACCCUCCUGGUGUCCCCUAGCGCCUUUCCUUACUACAUGCUCGUCGCCAUCGAAGCCGGCAGCUUCCUCCGUGGCCUUGUCCUCCUUGGAUCCGUCCCUUUCGUGUACUUCACGUACAUAUUCUUCUCCGAGACCGCGGCCAUCAAGUCCCUGAUUUUCAUUGCCUUCGCGGGCCUGAAGGUUAAGGACAUUGAGAUGGUCGCGUCCUCGGUGCUGCCCAAGUUCUACACCGAGGACGUGCACCCCGAGAGCUGGAGAGUCUUCAACUCCUUCGGGAAGCGUUACAUUGUCACUGCUAGUCCUAGGGUGAUGGUGGAGCCGUUUGUUAAGACGUUUCUUGGGGCUGAUAAGGUGCUUGGGACUGAGCUUGAGGCCACGAAAUCGGGGAGGUUCACUGGGUUUGUUAAGGAGCCUGGUGUGCUUGUUGGGGAGCACAAGAAAGUGGCUGUUGUGAAGGAGUUUCAGGGUAAUUUACCUGACUUGGGACUAGGAGAUAGUAAAAGUGAUUAUGACUUCAUGUCAAUUUGCAAGGAAGGGUACAUGGUGCCAAGGACUAAGUGUGAACCACUACCAAGAAACAAACUUUUAAGUCCAAUUAUUUUUCAUGAGGGUAGGUUUGUUCAAAGGCCAACUCCUCUAGCAGCCCUCUUGACCUUCCUAUGGUUGCCAAUUGGCAUCAUACUCUCCAUCUUAAGGGUCUACCUUAACAUCCCUUUGCCUGAAAGAAUUGCUUGGUAUAACUAUAAGCUAUUAGGAAUCAGAGUUAUUGUGAAGGGUACCCCUCCACCACCCCCAAAGAAGGGUCAAAGUGGUGUCCUAUUUGUUUGUAACCACCGCACAGUUUUAGACCCUGUGGUUACUGCAGUUGCACUUGGAAGAAAAAUUAGCUGUGUCACAUAUAGCAUAAGCAAAUUCACUGAAAUAAUUUCACCAAUUAAAGCUGUGGCACUCUCAAGGGAAAGAGAGAAAGAUGCUGCCAAUAUCAAGAGACUACUUGAGGAAGGGGACUUGGUGAUUUGCCCUGAAGGCACAACUUGUAGAGAGCCUUUCCUCUUGAGGUUCAGUGCACUAUUUGCUGAACUCACUGAUAGGAUUGUCCCAGUUGCUAUUAACACAAAGCAAAGUGUGUUCUACGGAACCACGGUUUGCGGACACAAGUUGUUGGACCCGUACUUUGUGUUCAUGAAUCCAAUGCCAACAUAUGAGAUCACUUUCUUGAACCAGCUUCCCAAGGAGCUCACAUGCAGUGGAGGGAAAUCAGCUAUUGAAGUUGCAAACUACAUUCAAAGGGUUCUUGCAGGGACUUUGGGAUUUGAGUGCACAAAUUUGACUAGGAAGAGCAAAUAUGCCAUGCUUGCAGGCACAGAUGGGACAGUUCCAUCUAAGGAGAAGGCUUGAAAAGGGAGAGAAAUUAAGUUCUCCCUUUUGAUUAUUCUGUAUUGGUGCCCAAUGUGUUUCCAAAACACUUAGAAUUAUGAUAGAAAUAAAAUCUGAUCACUGGCUGGAAAAAAAUUACAGUUUAUGUAUAUUUUGUUGUUCUGAUAUAUACAAAUCAUAACUACUAUUAUUGGGUCAUUCCUGAAAUCUAGUUAGAACAUGUUUUUGCCUUAAAGGAUUUAUUACUUUUACAUA